GUAGCCAUUUCGCCACAUGAAAGCCCGAUGAGCUGAGCGGCCAACAUCCGAGUUGUUGGCGGAGAAGAGAAAUCAGCUUUGAGGAGCUCCGCGCGCGCACACACACACACACACACACACACACGUACGCGGACUCGCGCGCAAAGACGCACGGCGCACAGACACGCACACUUCCUCCUCGUCCGCCGUGGAAAAAAAAAAAGAAAAGGGGGAAAAAGAGAGAGAAGGAGAGGGGGAACAGAGAGGACACACGAAACUUCCAACUCUCCCAUGUGGGAAGCGGAGGUUUGAAGAUAAGGUGUAUUUUUUUCCCCCUUCGGGGCUCCGGUCGUGCCCCCCUCUCUCCCUGUCUUCCCCUCUCUCGGUGCGUUUUUUGCCCGGAUAUUUUUGUUUCUAUGAGACUCUCGCUCGGCCAGAAGAGAAGUUUGGUUGUUUGCCUGGUCGGCUGACGAGGAGGAGGAGAAGAGUGUGGCGAAAAGUGGGGGGAAGAUGGUCCACAACGCCGCUUGGAGAAGAAGCUUCCUCUGCGUCCUGGCGCUCAGUCUCGGCUUCGCGUCCCCGCCGUGCACAGCUCGGAUUUACACCAACCACUGGGCAGUCAGGAUAGCCGGUGGACCCGAGGUGGCCGAGCGGAUAGCGGAAAAAUAUGGCUAUAGGAACAUGGGACAGAUCGGGGAUCUCAAAGACCACUAUCACUUCUUCCAUAGUCGGACUAUCAAGAGGUCAACGUUGUCCAGUCGUGGUCGGCAUAGUUUCAUCUCCAUGGAGCCCAAGGUGGAGUGGAUACAGCAGCAGGUGGUGAAGAGGAGGAUCAAGAGGGAUUAUAAACCAGCCCCGCCCCUUUCCCUGUCAAGCCCCGCCUACAGCAGCCCGCCCCAAAACAACAUAUUCUACAAUGAUGCCAAGUGGAGCAGUAUGUGGUACAUUCACUGUAACGACGACGUCCACAACUGCCAGUCGGACAUGAACAUCAUGGGCGCCUGGAAGCGGGGCUACACGGGUAAAGACGUGGUGGUGACCAUUCUGGACGACGGCAUAGAGAGGAACCACCCGGACCUCUUUCAGAACUACGACCCUCACGCCAGUUACGAUGUCAACAGCAACGAUGUGGAUCCCAUGCCUCGAUACGACGCAACCAAUGAAAACAAACAUGGGACACGAUGUGCAGGUGAAGUUGCUGCUGCUGCGAACAACUCCCACUGCAUUGUGGGUAUUGCCUACAAUGCCAGAAUAGGAGGUGUGCGCAUGCUGGAUGGAGAUGUGACGGACAUGGUGGAGGCCAGGUCUCUGAGCCUCCACCCGCAACACAUUGACAUCUACAGUGCCAGCUGGGGGCCUGACGACGAUGGAAAGACCGUGGAUGGACCAGCGUCUCUAGCCAGGCAGGCCUUUGAGAACGGCAUCCGCAUGGGGAGGAAGGGCCGAGGCUCCAUCUUUGUCUGGGCUUCGGGGAACGGUGGACGCAGCAGAGACCAUUGCUCCUGUGAUGGCUACACUAACUCCAUCUACACCAUCUCCAUCUCCAGCACGGCUGAGAGCGGGCGCAAGCCCUGGUACCUGGAAGAGUGCUCAUCCACACUGACCACCACCUACAGCAGCGGAGAGAACUAUGACAGAAAGAUAAUCACAACAGACCUGAGACACCGGUGUACGGACAGUCACACCGGGACGUCGGCCUCUGCCCCCAUGGCUGCUGCCAUCAUUGCUUUGGCCCUGGAGGCAAAUCCUCUUCUAACAUGGAGAGAUGUUCAACACAUCAUUGUAAAGACUUCCAGAGCCGGACAUCUCAGCGCUCCUGACUGGAAGACCAAUGCUGCUGGAUACAAUGUCAGCCAUCUGUACGGUUUCGGUCUGAUGGACGCUGAGGCGAUGGUCAAGGAGGCCGAGAGGUGGAAACCAGUCCCGGCUCAGCAUGUCUGCGUGGAGAGUGCAGACCGACAGAUCAGCAGGACCAUCCGUCCAGAGCACGUAGUUCGCUCGGUGUACAAGGCAACAGGAUGCACCGACAACCCCAAUCACCAUGUGAUUUACCUGGAGCACGUGGUCGUACGGAUCACCAUUACUCACCCUCGCCGCGGGGACCUUUCAAUCAACCUCACAUCUCCCUCAGGGACCAAGUCUCAGCUGCUCGCCAACAGGUUGUUUGAUCACUCCAUGGAGGGUUUUAAGAACUGGGAGUUUAUGACCACCCAUUGCUGGGGGGAGAAGGCAGCGGGCGACUGGGUCCUAGAGAUCUACGACUCACCUUCUCAGCUCCGCAGUCAGAAAGUUCCUGGGAAGUUGAAGGAGUGGUCGCUGGUGCUUUACGGCACGUCUGUCCACCCGUACUCGCCUCCGCACAAAGAUUCUCGUGAAGUUGACCCUGUGGCGCCUAUUGAUGAGGAGUUCACUGAGGAGUACAACGGCCCCUGUGACCCCGAGUGCAAUGAGAAUGGCUGCGAGGGUCCCGGACCGCACCACUGCAUCAACUGCCUUCACUACUUCCUCAAGUUUAAAAACAACACCAGAAUGUGUGUGUCGGAGUGUCCCAGUGGCUUUUUCCGUGACGAUAGGAAGCGCUGCAAGAAGUGCUCGUCUCUGUGCGAGACCUGUGUUGGCAGUCGCAGCGACCAGUGCACGACGUGCAGGGCGGGGUUUCACCUCAAUGAGGGCUCCAACACGUGUGUCGCCAACUGUGCCGACGGCUUCUACCUCGAUAACGAUUCCAACAUUUGCAGACGAUGUCAGGAGAACUGCAAGAAGUGUACAGCCUCCAAUGUCUGCACCGAAUGUAAACCUGGGAUGAGUCUCCAAGGAAACAAGUGCCAGAUGACCUGCGAAGCAGGGACGUAUUACAACGGCCACAGGAGGGCCUGUGAGCCCUGCUCUCGAGCCUGUGCCACAUGUGCAGGCACAGGCAUAGAGGCGUGCACGAGGUGUGCAGACGGUUACUUACUGGAGGAAUGGCGGUGUGUGUCGACAUGCAGCACUGGAUACUACCUGUCAGAGCAGAUCGCCGACAAUGGGCAGGUGCAGAGGUCCUGUAAGAAGUGCGACAGUAGCUGCUACGAGUGCUUGGGGCCCGGAGAGAGGAACUGCAGCAGCUGCGUCAGUGGUUACAAUCUGGAGGCCGGAGCCUGCGUGGUCAGCACCAUCUGCAAAGAUGGAGAGUACUGGAGUGAACAUGGGAAGUGCCACCUGUGUGACGCUACAUGUCAGCAGUGCACCGGCCCGGAGCAAGAGGACUGCACCAGCUGCCCUGCUACACGAUUCUUUGAUGGGGGACGCUGUGACAUCCGCUGCCGGGCCGGGCGCUACGCCAUGGGGAGGCAGUGUCACCCCUGUCAUCCCACCUGCCACGAAUGCACCGACGAGGGACGCGAUAAAUGCACCAGCUGUGACAGAGAUGAGUUCGGUGUGUCGAGGUACCUCUUUGACGGUCAGUGCCAGGAAGACUGCCCAGAGGGGUUUUACCCCUCUUAUACUUGGAAGCGGUGUGAAUCCUGUCCUGAAGCCUGCGUCGACUGCACUACAGCUGACCGCUGCCUCCAAUGCAGCCCAGAACACAAGCUGAGAAACGGACGCUGCAUUCCUCUGGAGUGCAAGCCAGGUGAAGUUCCAAACUCAGACAUCAACAGCUGUGUUCCCUGUGAUGAAGGCUGUGAGAGGUGUAAACAUGAUGAUACUGGAGGUGCGCAGCAUAAAAUGAUCUGCCUCAAAUGUGAACCUGGCUACUACCAGUUAGACAGCGACUGUCAUGUUUCCUGUCCAGACCGGACCUACAGCAUCAACGAAACCAUGCAGUGUUCUCCAUGUGAAGACGGGCACUGUGAAGUCUGCGACCAGUCCCAGUGCUACCUCUGUGAGGAGGGAUUCUACGUCUCCGAUGGAGAGUGUGUGGAUCAUUGUGAGGAGGGCUUCUUUGUGGAACAAGAGGGUCAGGAGUGUGAGCCGUGUCACCGUGACUGUCGUUCCUGCGGAGGACCGGGCUUUGACGACUGUGACUCCUGCGAGGACGGAUUCACCCUGAAGAGCGGGGAGUGUGUGGAGAGCAGAGCGCUCACUGUGUGCCCUGAGAAUCACUACAGAAGCAGUGAGAAUAAAUGUGAGCUUUGCCACUCCAACUGUAAGACUUGCUAUGGUGCAGGAAAGGAAGACUGCAGCAGCUGCUACUCAGAUCGGUUUCUGACUGAUCAGCAGACCUGCAUGGUGCGCUGUCCGUCCGGUACGUUUGGCAACAAGACCUCUGGAAAGUGUGAGGACUGCAUGAGGGGGUGUGUGACAUGCCAGGAUACCAAACAGUGCCAACGCUGUCGCAACAGCCUUUAUGUGCACGACGGAGUGUGUGUAGCCGAGUGUCCGAGAGGGUUUCCUCAAAACGAUGUGUGUCAGCCGUGCGCACCGGAGUGUGCGUCCUGCGAGGACAGUCCCACUAAAUGUCUGAGUUGUGAAACGCAGUACCUUCUGCUGGACCACUCCUGCAAGGGCCACUGUCCAGACGGUUAUUAUGCCAACAACGGGGAGUGCCAUCGCUGCCCUGUUCACUGUACCGACUGCAACGAGGACGGCCUCUGUAAGAAUUGUACACAAUACUACUUCCUCCAUGAUGACAAGUGUGAGGCCGAUUGCCCCAAAGGCUUCUUCCCCAGUGAGAAGGAGCAGGAGUGUAUGCGCUGUCAUCCUGACUGUGCCUCGUGCGACGGACCGGACGUGGACGACUGUGAUGUGUGCCGCAACCCAAACGCCGUGCGUCACAACGGAGAGUGUCUGCCCCGGUGUCCUGACCGCACUUACCACGAUAAAACUAGCAAUGAAUGCAGAGACUGCGACCGGUCAUGUCGGACCUGCUCGGGCCACGAGCCUUCGUCCUGCCUCAGCUGUGAUGCAGAAAGGCGCAAAGACGCCACCGGACACUGUGUGUGGGCCCAACAGUGCCCCUUGACCUCAUACGUGGACCAAAAGGGAGAGUGUCAGCCCUGUCAUUCAUCCUGCCAGCAGUGCUCCGGCCCCGGCAAAGAGCACUGCCUCACCUGCAGCAAGCCGCAUUUCCUACUGAACAACACGUGUGUGCACCAGUGUCCUGUUGGUUACUACGCUGAGGACAAGGACGAGCGUGUGUGCGAGCGCUGCCACUCCAGCUGCCAGUCUUGCGUCGGCCAUCACAGCGUGCAGUGCUUGGAAUGCAAACCCGGGUUGUUCAAGCAUGGGAGCCUCUGCGUGAAAACCUGUCCAGAGAGUCACUUUGGCAACAGCAUCAGCAUGCUCUGUGAGCGAUGCGACCCUUCCUGCAGCAAGUGCUCGGGUCCAGGCAACAAAAACUGUGAGAGCUGCAGGAAGGGCUACGUCCACAUGAAGUCGUGGAGCCAGUGCUUGAAGAGCUGCCCUUCAGGCUACCACAAAGACGUGUGGGCCGCCACCUGUCACAAGUGUCAUCCUUCCUGCAAGACCUGCUAUGAUCAGGGAGCUCUGAGCUGCCAGUCCUGUUAUGAUGGCUACAAAUACAUGAACGGCAUCUGCAGCUCUCUGUGCCUCGUCGGCUACUACGGCACUUCACAGCACAGCUGGAACGAUGAACCAAACUGUAAACCGUGCGACCAUUCUUGCUUCGAGUGCCGAGGUCCCAGCGCGUGGAACUGCACCAUGUGCCACCCCAGCAAGGUCUUAUCUGACGACGGCCGCUGCUUGAGCUGCUGCGGAAACGAGACACACGGCCACGAUGAACCGUUUCCCAAGGAGUGCUGCGACUGCGAGUCGUCAAGAGCGGAGUGCAUCCUGGGUGUCAACUUCUUCAUAAAAGCAGCUGAAGGUGAAGGCAGCUCAGCCAAAGGCUUGGUGACCUUUUGUGUUCUGCUCAUCCUCUCCGUGGGCGGAGGGCUCUUUUACUACCUCAACACUCGAUCAAAGAGAGCCGCCACCUCGGCCCAAACCAAAGCCGGAGGGUAUCAGAAACUGGAAACCAACGGAGGCCCGGCGUCAGAGUCGUCCACGUCCCCAUAUGGAGAGUACAGUGACAGGAUCAUUGACUCCGAGGAUGACGAUGAGGAAGACGACGAUGAAGAUAUUGUGUACAUGGGACAGGAUGGAACAGUGUAUCGGAAAUUCAAGUAUGGACUCUUAGAAUCCGAAGAAAUAGACCUGGAGUAUGAUGAUGAGACAUACUCCUACAGAUGA